GACCCUCUGUGUUCCCCUCCUGCAGGGUUUAGGAGCCGUUGCUGUGGACAGAGAGACGGGGACGUGAGCAGCCAUUGAGGGUGGCCAGGGUGCCGGUGAGCCCCCCCCCCCCCCCCCCAUCUGCUCGGUGUGCGGGCUGAGCUCCGAGGAGCUGAGCUUCGAUGGAGGACCACAUGACGGGACACAACAAGGAGAAGCGUUAUGGGUGCGACGUGUGUGGCAAGGCCUACCAGAAGCCGAGCCGGCUGGAGGCCCACCGGCGGGUGCACACGGGAGAACGCCCCUUCGACUGCUCGGAGUGUGGCAUGAGCUUCACCCGCUCGAGCAAGCUGCUGAAGCACCAGCAUACCCACAGUGGCGAUCACCCCUACACCUGUAUAGACUGCGGAGAGGGCUUCACCCGCUCCAGCACGCUGCUGAAGCACCAGCAUAUCCACAGCGACGAGCGCCCCUACACCUGUGCCCAGUGUGGCAAGAGCUUCACCCGCUCCAGCAACCUGCUGAGGCACCAGCGCACCCACACUGGCGAGCGCCCCUACACCUGCGCCCAGUGCGGCAAGGGCUUCACCCGGUCCAGUCACCUGCUGGAGCACCAGCGCACCCACACCGGCGAGCGCCCCUUCACCUGCGCCCAGUGCGGCAAGGGCUUCACCCAGUCCAGCAGCCUGCUGGAGCACCAGCGCACCCACACCGGCGAGCGCCCCUACACCUGCGCCCAGUGCGGCAAGGGCUUCACCCAGUCCAGUCACCUGCUGGAGCACCAGCGCACCCACACCGGCGAGCGCCCCUACACCUGCGCCCAGUGCGGCAAGGGCUUCACCCGCUCCUCCAAGCUGCUGUACCACCAGCGGGUGCACGCCGUGACCGUCCCAUCCCCAGCCCGGUGUGUGGAGAGCGCUUUGCCACGGCCUCCCAUGCCCUGUCUCACCAGCGCGUGCACACCAGUGGCCAGCCCUACGACUGCCCGUACUGUGGUGAGGAGUUUGACAGCUCGCGGGGGUUGCGGCAGCACCGGCGGGCCCACGCCAGCGAGCAGCUGCUCCCACUGUGACAAGAGAGCACGGGGGCUGCGGGAGCACCAGCGGAUACACACCAGAGAGAGACCCUUUGUGUGCGCUGAGUGUUCAAGGGUUUCACCCGCAUGUCCAGCCUGUGGCAGCACCGGCGUACCCACAGCGGUGAGCGUCCCUACACCUGCCCGUCCUGUGGUAAGGGCUUCACCCGCCUUGACCACCUGCUGGCACACCGCCACGUGGAUGGAUAGGCGUUGUUUAGGUAAACACAAAAUGCUGGAAGGAAUGGGUAACGUUUCUGGUCGUUUCUUCAGUCACCCAUUCGAUCUCUCCAGAGAUGCUGCCUGUCCCGCAGAGUUACUCCGGCACAUUGUGUCUUUUUUGUAAACCAGCAUCUGCAGUUGCUUGUUUUUAAACCAUUCUGGUUAACCAUCUCUGCGCCUUCCCCAAAGCCUCCACAUCAGUCCUGUAAUGGAGUGACCAGAACUGUAUGCAAUACUCCAAAUGCUAUCUGACCAAUGUCCCUUAAAGCUGCACAUAUACAUUCCUCUCACCCCUCUCCCUCCACUCUCUCCACCCACCUCUACACAAAUUCUCUCCACUCCACCCUCUCGUGCCCCCCUCCUCUCUCUCUCACACACUCCCUCUGUCGCUCCCUGUCUUCCACACACACCCUCUCUCUGUCCUCUCUCUCUCACACACAGACACACUGUCUGUCUUGUUCUCUCUCACAUAGAUAAAUGUGAGGUUAUCCGCUUUGGUGGCAAAAACAAGGGGGCAGAUUAUUAUCUCAAUGUGAUUAGGUUAGGUAAGGGGGAGGUGGCCUUCACAACAAGAGGAUUUCAGUAUAGGAGUAAAGAGGUUCUUCUGCAGAUGUUUUGGGCUCUGGUAAGAUCACAUCUGGAGUAUUGUGUACAGUUUUGGUCUCCUAAUUUGAGGAAGAACAUGCUGUGAUUGAGGCAGUGCAGCGUAGGUUCACGAGAUUGAUCCCUGGGAUGGCGGGACUGUCAUACAAUACAAUACAAUGCAAUACAAUUUAUUUGUUGUCAUUUGAACCUCAUUGAGGUUCAAACGAAAUUUGAUUUCUGCAGUCAUACACACAAGUAAAAGAACCAAGACACAACACAAUUUACACAAACAUCCAUAACAGCGCAUCUCCUCCUCGCAAAGUCUUAUCUCUCCCCUGCACUCCCCAUUCUCCUCGCGAUGUCAGAGUCAAAGCCUCCGGCGGGCGAUGGUCAAUAAAGCCACGCCGGGCGAUGAUGUAAGGGCCCCGCUCCAGGUACUCUUCAAUCCCGCAACUCGGGCGGGUGAAGUCCCCGUUGCGGAAGCCCUGAAAAACGGUCUCCCAGCAGGGACCCGCGGGCUCCCGGUGUUACUGUCCACCAGACCUGCGGUAAGCCUCCGAAUCUCCGGGGUCGGGUCGCAGCCGUGCGCCACCACAGCUCAUCCCGCUCCGAACUCGGCCAGCUCCACGAUGGUAAGUAGGUCCUCAGGCUCCGCGACUGGAUCCCCAGGUCGUUCCGGUUGAAGGCCACUCCACGGUGCUCGGCCCCAAAGACAACGGAGACCCGACAGAGAAAAGGUCGGCUUCUCCUUACAGGGAAAAUAUUUUAAAAGUAUCCCCACUCCACGCCCCCCACACACAUACCCAGAUAAAAAUAAAAUAAAAA